AUGGUUGUCCAGUCUACUUUGAAGACCUACUCUCAGCGCUCUCAUCUCUCUUCAUUCACCAUGAAGCUGAAGGACAAGUUCCACUCCCCCAAAAUAAAAAGGACGCCCUCUAAGAAAGGAAAGCAGCCUGACCUAGUGGUGAAAUCCCCCGAGAAGGUUGUGAACAAGAACUUGAGUUGGCUGGAAGAGAAAGAGAAGGAUGUAGUGAGCGCCCUGCGUUAUUUUAAGACCAUCGUGGACAAAAUGGCCAUUGAUAACAAGGUGCUGGAGAUGUUGCCAGGAUCUGCCAGCAAAGUUCUGGAAGCCAUCUUGCCUCUGGUUCAGACGGACCCACGGAUUCAGCAGAGUUCUGCCAUCACUUCCUGUUACAGCCGAGUGUAUCAGAGCUUGGGAAAUUUGAUUCGGUGGUCCGAUCAGGUGAUGCUCGAAGGCAUCAACUCUGAAGACAAAGAGGUGGUGAACACAGUCAGGGGGGUUAUCAAGGCGGUUCUGGAUGGAGUUAAGGAGCUGGUGAAACUCACAAUUGAGAAGCAGGAACACCCAUCUCCCACCAGCCCAGUCAAGCCCACCUUACCUGUGUCUACAGCAGACAGCCAGUUGGAGCUUCCCUUGACGGAUCGUGAGAUGGAGAUUCUCAACAAGACGGCCGGGAUGACGCCGAGCACAGAAGUGUUGCCAGAUGCCCCGGACGAAGAGAUUGCCCCACCGAAGCCCCCACUUCCUUGCAUCCGGGUCCCCGAAAACAGCCUUCCGCCAGCCUUGCCUCCCAAGAAGCGUCAGUCGGCACCAUCUCCUACGCGCGUGGCUAUCGUGGCCCCCAUGAGCCGAACGACCAGUGGCUCCAGUUUGCCCAUUGGAAUCAACAAACAGGAAUUUGAAAACGAUUGCUACCCCCAGCGGAGGCUCUCGGGGGGCAGCCAGUCCUACGGAGGGGAAUCUCCCCGCCUCUCGCCGUACAGCAGCAUGGGGAAGUUGAGCAAAUCAGAUGAGCAACUGUCCUCGUUGGAUUGCGACAGCGGGCAGUGCUCGCACAACACAAGCUGUGAAACGUUAGAUCAUUACGAUCCUGAUUACGAGUUCUUGCAGCAGGAUCUCUCAAACACGGACCAGAUCCCCCAGCCAGGACUUGGCGUGCUCAGCCCUUUACCGGAGGGCCUGCGGGAAACUGCCUCUCCAUUCCUCAGACAAUCUUUCCAGCUUCCGGAGAAUUGUAUCUCCUCAACCGCUGCGCCGGAUCUGCGCGAGAUCCCGCCAGCUCUUCCGGAGAAGAAAAGGAGAGGAACGGCGGCGUCUGCUUUUGACGUCUCCGGCUGUCGGGUCCUCCUGGAGAGGCACCCUUCGCAGUACGACAACAUUUCCGAGGAGGACUUAAGCGUCCCGCCGCUGUUGCCCUGGGUCUUCACCCCUUUUGCGGCUGUCCUGCCCUAUCAGCCUGGAAAGACGGCACCCCCUGUUGAAUUCCUUGCUGAUUUCUCCAGUCCCAACGCACCCAGGGAAUCCGAGGAACCCCCACCGCUGCCGGAGAAGAAAAACAAACACAUGUUGGCCUACAUGCAGUUUGUAGAAGACUACUCUGAACCUCAGCCUUCCAUGUUCUACCAAACCCCGCAGAACGAACACAUCUACCAGCAGAAGAACAAGCAUCUCAUGGAGGUCUAUGGCUUCAACGACUCUUUCAGCAGUGCAGACUCUGGCCAGGAUCUGGCCCCCCCACCGGCUCUCCCCCCCAAACAGAGACAACUGAGUGACAACGUUGGCGCGGCGGCAGGGGAGGGUGAAUACGUCAAUCUCUAUUCCUCGGGUCAAAGCAAUGGGGAGCUUCUCCCUUCCUACUCUGAAGGAGGUGACGAUGGUCCGGAUGUCCGUGGGGGCUCAGGAGACAUCCUGCUGGUGCACGCGACGGAGACGGCCACGGUGGAGGGGACGGUAAAAGACUUGGUGCUUUACUGCGAAGCCUUCUUGACAACUUACCGAACGUUCAUUUCGCCCGAAGAGCUGAUAAAAAAACUACAAUACCGGUAUGAGAAGUUCUGUCACUGUCCAGACAACAAUAAGAAACGAGUCAGCAAGAAUACUUUUUUUGUCCUGGUCCGAGUGGUGGAUGAAUUAUGUUUGGUAGAGCUGACCGAGGAGAUCCUGAAGCUGCUGAUGGAACUGGUCUUCCGCUUGGUCUGCAACGGAGAGCUGAGCCUCGCCCGGGUUUUGCGCAAAAAUAUCCUGGACAAAGUCAAUCAGAGGAAAAUGCUGCGUUACACCAACUCCAUCAAGCCUUUGGCAGCCCGAUGGGUGGCAGCGAGGCCUGGCACUCUCCAUGAUUUUCACAGCCACGAAAUUUCAGAACAGCUCACGCUCCUUGACGCCGAGCUGUUUUAUAAGAUUGAGAUCCCUGAAGUUUUACUCUGGGCAAAGGAACAGAAUGAGGAGAAAAGUCCCAACUUGACGCAGUUCACCGAGCACUUUAAUAAUAUGUCUUACUGGGUCCGUUCGAUAAUCAUGCAGCAGGAAAAGUCUCAAGACCGAGAGAGGCUGUUGCUGAAAUUUAUCAAAAUCAUGAAGCACUUACGGAAACUCAACAAUUUCAACUCCUACCUGGCCAUCCUCUCCGCGCUGGAUUCAGCCCCCAUUCGGCGUCUGGAGUGGCAGAAGCAGACCUCCGAGGGCUUAGCGGAGUAUUGUACUCUGAUUGACAGCUCGUCCUCCUUCCGGGCUUACCGGGCUGCUCUUGGUGAGGUCGAACCCCCUUGCAUCCCUUACUUGGGCCUGAUCCUGCAAGACCUGACUUUCGUGCACCUGGGAAACCCCGACUACAUCGACGGCAAAGUCAACUUCUCCAAGCGAUGGCAGCAGUUCAACAUCCUGGAUAACAUGAGGCGGUUCCAGCAAGUGCAUUACGACAUCAAACGCAACGAUGACAUCAUCUCCUUUUUCAACGACUUCAGCGAUCAUCUGGCCGAGGAGGCCUUGUGGGAACUGUCACUCAAAAUCAAACCCCGAAACAUCACGCGGCGGAAAACAGACCGGGAAGAGAAGACUUAG